GUAAAAAUGAGUCAAACUCAAAGUUGAAAGUUAAAAAAUGAAAAUCUAACAAAAUUUUCUUUUAUUAUUAUUUAAAGAAAAUUAAAAGAAAAACAUACCGAAACGAAUGAAUUAAAAAGAUUUGUUCUGUAGUACACGAAACCUACUUAAUGAAACUUUUAUGUUUGACGUAGAGAAAGGAACGUAAACAAAUUAAUUUGAUGAACCGCUUAAUGCCCAAAGUUCUGAUAUUCGGAACAUUUUUUGGAAGUUGUGCGAUUAUUGGUCUUCUUCUCAGUGCAUUGGUUACCAAUAGUUGGAUUGUAUCUGGUGUCUCAUACAUUUCCCAAAAGACAAAUGUAACUGAAAAGACUAAAUGGGGUUCGAUCCAAUUUGGUUUAUUUAAUUAUCAGAAAGCUUUGAAUCAUGGAUAUGGAGUAAGACAUGAACCUCCCUAUAGUGUAUUAGAGAUAAUAAAAAAAGAAGAACAAUUUACGGAUUAUUGGUUGUGGCUGUCAACAGCACUUGGAACUGGAUUUGCCCUUUUCGCAUCAGCCAUCGCUGCUGUUGCUAGUGUUGUAACAACAAUAAAAACAAAAGGAGGAAUGACAUGGUUGAAGUUUAGCAAUGUAAUUACAGGUUGUGGACAACUUGUGGCAAUAAUAUGCUGGAGUGUACAAUUCUUCUAUUACUUCAAUCACAAUGUUUUACUCAGUGAAGAAAAGCAGCGUUGGACAUCUGAAGGUCAAACAAAAUUUGGGUUCAGCUUUUACUUUCUUGUUUUUUCAUUCCUUGCCGUGAUUGUCAAUCUAAUUCUUUUGACAUUUUCUGUGAGAAUGGAAAAUUCUAACAAAUCUUCAGAACCAAUCAAUGAGAAAGAAGGAAACUCAAUUAUGCUCUAUUAG